AUGCACUGGAUCCAAGCAAACAACUUCUUCGACUCUCUGCGUCCGGUGUACUCGGCUACGAGGUUCCUUCUUAUACACUUUGAGACCUUGGACUUCCAACAGCAACAAGUUAUCGUUCGUCGAACACUACUCGACCAAUUUCGCUUCAUUUUGAUUGUAUUGUUGGAUUUCAAUCUCAUUUAUCGAAGUUUAUGGCUCAACGUCCCCUAUUUGUAUCUUACCGAAUCCGUUCUUGUCAACGUAGGAAACUAUUUGAGUUUGGAGUUACUCGCUCUGUUAACCUACACAAUGCCACUGUGGAACCGCUACAAAUCCAGCGUAGUAAUGCAGAUCUGCUACAGCAUUGAUGACUGUGAUAGGAAACUAAGGCAGCUUGGGGUAAUUAUUGAUCACCGGAGACAUCGCAUCAUAAGCACCCUCUCUGUAGCCGCUUGGAUGUUAAUUUCCACAAUCAUCACUUUAAAUGCUGUUUCUGUUCGACGGAAUGAGGCGUUUGAGCAUGUCGGGCUAAAACUUUUGACAAUUGUUGGCAUAUUCAGAAUGUCCACCAACUACUGUAUGUUCGUUUGCUACAGCAGUUUGACACUUCUGUCGAUCAACGAGCGGCUCAAUAUAGUGCGGAAAGUUACGGUAUCGCCAACAACAGAGGAUUGCAGACAUACCAGCGAAACGCUUCGCCAAAUAGCUGCAGCUCACGACCAGCUCAGCGAUACAAUUCAGAUGUUCAAUAACUGCUACGCCGUCCAUGUGAUGUAUGGCGUUAUAGCAUCAUCGCUGUUCACGACUUUCGUCGUCUUCGGACUGAUCCAUGUCUAUGCUUCCGAUGACGCGAACGCACUCACGAAACAGGUGGCAGGAAAAAAUAUCCUGUACGACGUAUUCUACUUGCUCAUGUUUGCCCAGCUGGUAGUAUGUACGAGUUUUGUCAGUGGAAAUGUAGGAUUUUGGAAUAGUGUAGUUUUGAGCAAAGUGUUCUAUUUUAUGUGUUUCCAGUGCCGGCGAGUAUUGUACGCAAUACAUAAAGCUGCAUGCUAUGGCUCGUAUGAUGUGCAGCUUACUCAGCAGCUGCGCCGAUUUGCGCUACAGAUGGCCCAUCACACGCCGAAGAUAAGCUGCGGAUUGUUUGAUUUUGAUUGGACGCUUCUAUAUUCGGCGGCUGGUUCCUUUACAACAUAUCUGGUUAUCUUGUUGCAGUUCGAUUUAGGAAACUUGGAUUUUAAUCGUGGACAGACAUAUUGA